CCAAAAUACCAAAUCGGGAUCGAAACCCCCCCGAAAAAUCCGCGCCUAAAUCGAGCUAAAUUGCGACGCGCUCGGCGAAUGCGUCGCCUCCGCGUUCGCCAACUCCCUAAUCCACGCACAUUCGAAGGGACAUAAUUCGCUAGGCCUCUCUUUCGUGUCGCAGAUGACAAUACGGUUUCGCUUGCCCCGUAAGCCCUAAUUCGAUCAUUUUUUUUAUCCCUUUUCCACUCGAUUUUUUGAUGUAUUAUUCUCUGAUUCUGAAUCUGCAAUUUGAAAUAUAUCCGAGCAAAGCAAGAUGGGGGAUGGGAAGGACAAGCAUGAUGGUUCAGGUACCAGUGAUAAAGGAUUCCUUUCAAAUUUAGCGCACGGAUUCCCGGCAUAUCCGCCAGGAUACAAUGGAGCCAGCUAUCCCCCUCCUCCGGGGGCUUACCCGCCACAAGGAUGUCCCUCAGCUCCUGGCCCGUACCCUCCGCACGGAUAUCCUCCGCACGGAUAUCCUCCUCAGGGACAUCCUCCGCAUGGAUAUCCUGCAUACGGAUACCCGCCUGCCGGAUAUCCCCCUGCUUGUGGUUAUCCACCAGCUGGUUAUCCCGGGCCUGGUCCAUCUGCUCCUCCGUAUCACGGGCAUGGAUCUGGAACGGGGACUCUUGUAGCCGGGGGUGCAGCUGCUGCAGCGGUGGCUUACGGAGCCCAUCAAUUGUCUCACGGUCAUCGUUAUGGUUAUGGUUAUGGUAUGUUUGGUCGUCAUGGCAAGUUUAAGCACGGAAAGUUUGGGAAGCAUCGCUUCUUUGGAGGAAAGCAUCGCUUCUUUGGAGGAAAGCAUGGGAUGUUUCGCGGCAAGUUCAAGAAGUGGAAAUGAUCCGAAAUGUCGAAUUCUCUCGCUAGGAUUUGUAUGUUUUGGGGAUCUGUCUAUGAACUCUCUUAGUGUGAUUGACACCGGCUCAUGAAGCACGUAAACUCGGAAUUUUAGUUUUGCUUGGAUUGAAUGUUUGUGUCUCCAAUUGUAACUAAUAAUAACAAACCUUAAAAAAUGAGCACUGGGCUUGCGAAGUGAUCUUUCUCUUAGUUGUGAUUGUAACUUGUGUAUCUUCUGAAUAGGUAAAAUACUAUGAGGAGAGGUUGGGUGAUUAAAAUUGCCUAUGAUGAAUAUGAUGCCAUUCAAUGCUUAUAA